AUUCGCUUUGUUUUUUCAUACUGGUAGUCGUAGCAUUUCUCUCGUAGUUUCUUGCCCUUAGAUUUGUCAUGCCCUUUUUACAAUAAUGCUUUGUCUUUUCAUUUAUGUUAUUUCCUUUUCUGACUUGCUUUGAUGUGUUUUUUCUUGAGUCGAGGGUUUAUUGAAAGUUAAACAUGUAUCUACUUCAGUGGCGCAGCCACAUACUAUCAAGGGUGUUUGGACACCCUUCGUCGGAAAAAAAUUAGCAUAUAUACAAGUAAAAUGAUAUACGAAAUGAUUAAAUAACCUAUUUUGGACACACUUAACAUAACAAAUUGCUAUUGCUGGACAUCCUUUAAGAAAUUUCUAGCUCCGCAACUGGUCUACCUCCUAAGGUAGGGUAAGGUCUACGUAUACUCCAUCAUUCUCAGACUCUACUUUGUGGGAUUAUAUUACACACGGAGAUUGGAUACAAAGCUUGAAACGAAAAUGGUGGAGCUUAAGAGAAGUUCAUCAGGGGAAAGCAAAUUCAGGUCAAUCAAUGGCAUAAUAUUGAAAUUUCCUCAUUUUAAAGAGGGGUUGAAGGAGAUAAAAGACGUGUUUGAACAGUUCGAUGAAGAUUCGAAUGGGACUAUUGACCGUGAUGAACUAAAGAAAUGUGUAAAGAAGCUGCAUUUUCAUGCUAAAGAUGAGGAAGUUAAUGAUCUUUUCGACUCUUGUGAUGUGGAUGAAAAGGAAGGGAUUCAAUUCAAUGAGUUCAUUGUUCUUCUGUGUCUUCUUUAUCUAUUGAUAGAUUCAUCGUCCUCCUCUGGCAAUACCCCGAAGAUCGGUUCACCAGAGCUAGAAGCAACAUUCAACACAAUAGUUGAGGCAUUCUUGUUUCUUGACAAAAAUGGUGAUGGGAAACUGCACAAGAAAGAUGUCCUCAAGGCAUUAAACGAUGAAUGUCCUUGCGAGAAAUCCCCUUCUCAUGUCACUCGUACUCGAUUUAGAGAAAUGGACUGGAACAGGAGUGGUAAGGUCAGUUUCAGGCAGUUUCUGUUCGCGUUUCUUGAUUGGGUUGGUAUAGACACAGACGAUGAGAAAGGGAGACUACGUGCAACAACCACACCUCAACCAAACUAGUGGAUUCGUCUGUAUGAAUCCUCACUAACCAUGUCACCCCGUUAAAUGAAGAAAGGUCAGACUAGUAUUCGUACAUAUAAAGUAGCUCUCUCUUUGUAUACGUUAAAGUUCGGUUAUUGUUGCAUUUCUGAACAUCUGCUCUGAAUAAGCUUUCAUGCUAUUGUAUCGAAAAAAACUCAUCAAUUUCAUAAAAGAUCGCAUAUCUGAUGCU